AUGUUAAACAGUAAUAAUAAUGAUGAUUUCGAUUCAAGCGAUAUUAAUUCAAUUUUAAUCAAGGAGCAGUACUCUUAAUCUCAUCUUGUACCUUCUACGUAAGACUAAACAGCAGAACUUAGCUCAAGAAAUUAUGAUUCUAAAUUGUCGAAUGAUAAUUACUAUCAGAGUUGGGUAGGAUUAUCGAAAACAGAUCAGCUAAUGCACACUCAUAUUAGCUCCUCUCGACCCUCAUAAGAACAAAUUUUAAAUACCAAAGCUAGAGUAAAAGUCAUUAGACAGCAUCUUUUACCCCCAAGAAAUAAGUCUUAAGAAAAAAAGAAAAGGGUGCUUGAACUUUUAUAACAAAAAGCCAUCUAACAUCUAGGAUUAAAAACUGAUUAGGUUCUGAGAACACAGGAGAAUGGACUAUGUUUAAAGCCUAAUGCAGCUUUGAUUCAAAGUUAGUAGAAAAAUGAAUCUAGAUUUAAGCGUAAAUACUCUAGAAAAGACUUAACUAAAGAAGAAUGUGGUUCCGACUAUUUAAGCGUGCAAAGAUAUCAUUCAAAUUAAAAUAGAAGAAACUUGGAUUAUACGGGGUCUAAUUCUAGAGUUGAGUUAGAGAGUCUAAUACCAAAGUUAUCAACUAAAAUCAAGUAAGAGCAUUUCAAAUAUCUCCUAAAAAAUACUCCAAUUAAGUUAAAAGGCAGAUAAAUCAGUUUCAAGAUUUAAUAUCAGCUAAGUAAAGAGAUCAGAAACACCAGUUGCUCCUAUGCGCAUUAGAAUCUAUAGCCUAACAUUAAUAACUCGUUAGCAUCACUUCCUAAGCUUAUGCUAAGAAGCUCUUCAAGAUAAAGUAUUACUCAAAGAUCAAUGGCUUAAAACUCUAUUAACAAAAAAAUCACUAGACUAAGUAAAGAGCGAAGAAAUCAAAUCAGAAAUUUAGUGUUUAAGAUAGAUGAUGUACUGAAUGAGGAAAACUAAAUAAAGAAGUCAUUUAUAAGGGAUAAAGAGAAUGAUAUUGGGUUGAUUAACAUGCGAUUAGAUUAGAUAUCAUCAAAGAUCAAUGAUAAUUUGUAAGAACAAGAUCUUUAUGAUAGUAGAUUUAAUAAAGUGUUUUCGGAAGAAGAAAGACUAGAAGCUAUUGGAUAGAUGAGAAAGGAUAUUGAUGAUACUGGAUAUGCUUUUAAGAGCAAUAAGAGAAAAUUCCCUCUUAAUCAUAGACAGAAAUUGAUAAAUUUAGUGAAUAAACAAAGAAAUCAGAAUAUAAUAUGA